AUGACGAUUACUGUGGGAGUUCUGGCCCUCCAAGGCGCUUUCUACGAACAUUUGAAACUCCUACGUAAGGCUGCAGCAAGCCUGUCGCCGAACGAACUCCAAAAAUGGAAUUUUAUUGAAGUUCGCACCCCGACGGAACUCGAAAGAUGCGACGGCUUGAUCAUUCCCGGCGGGGAGAGCACUACCAUCUCCCUGGUUGCUGCUCGGUCGCAAUUACUCGAGCCGCUGAGAGACUUUGUUAAAUUCCACCGUCGGCCAACGUGGGGAACAUGCGCCGGAUUGAUCUUACUCGCCGAGUCGGCCAAUCGGACAAAGGAGGGUGGCCAGGAACUCAUUGGAGGUCUGGAUGUGCGCGACAUCUGA